GCUCUCCGUUCCACCUUAUCCACCAUGGCUGGCAGGGCAGUAGAAUGUCAUCAUGUGCGUCCGCGGAGCUUCGCUCCGCUCGACGAUACCAAAGCGUCAGAUGCCCCGCGGCUGAAGGGCAUCGUUUUCGAUGUCGACGGAACCUUGUGCCUGCCACAACACCACAUGUUCACAGAGAUGAGAGACGCCCUCGGGAUAGACAAGUCAAUUGACAUCCUCCACCACAUACAAGCUCUUCCGGUGGAAGACCGCGCUACUGCCGUCGAGAAAAUCCAAGCCGUUGAGCGGCGCGCGAUGGUUGAGCAAGUGCCACAGCCGGGUCUAGUGGGGCUGAUGGAAUAUCUGCAGUCGCGCGGAUUAAGACGGGGGCUGUGCACGCGGAACUUUGAAUCCCCGGUCCGAUACCUUCUCAAUAACCACCUGCCAGAGCAUAUAUUCCUUCCUAUAAUUACUCGGGACACCCCGAAUGUGAUCCCGAAACCGGACCCUGCGGGAAUCCUGCACAUCGCGCAGGAAUGGGGGUUGACCAAUCGGGCCGAGAAUUUGAUUAUGGUUGGAGAUAGUAUUGAUGAUAUGACGGCUGGGCAUAUGGCUGGCGCGGCCACGGUGUUGCUUGUGAAUGAACGAAAUGCUCAUUUGAAGGAACAUGCCCAUACUGAUCUUUGCAUCAAUCGGCUGGAUGAUCUGAUUGAAAUCCUUGAGCAAGGAUUUGUUGGUCAGAAGUGUGAUCCCGAGCAUGUCUAA